CGACCUUUCAGUGUCAUAUUUUCCUAAACUGAGCUAAAAACAGGAAGCUCAUGUUCCCCAGCAAUGAGACUGUAAGAAACUAUCUAGCUUUAAUUGUCUCAUGGUUAUCACAAGACUCGUGAUAAUUAUCUCACAGACAUGCUAAUAAUGGUGUGAACGGUCCCAGCGUUUCCCAGGGCAACCGUAAAAGGCUCCCGCCCACGGACCGCUCUGAUUGGCUCCGGCACUCAGCGGAGUGUAGGAUUGGCUUACACAGCUGCCAGUCUUCUCAACGAGUAGCAUUAUUUUGACCGUCUAUUCCCUGAGGAAAGCAGCAGGGUGAAGUGGAAGAGUAGAGUGGAAGAUAAGACGUUGUCUUACUAAACAGCUGGGCUCUGUAGGCUCUUACAAAGGAACUGCGUUUCAUGAGAUGGUGAGCUGUUUGUACUGCUGUCUUCUUUUGAUGGCUACCUAGGCUUUUUCUGAAACUGUUCUCAGCUGAAAGUCUUUCUAUUGAGGGAACCCCAACAUGAAUCCUGACAAGAUCUCCUAUGUGAGGCUGAAUGAGGAGAAAGUUAUUGCAAAGUCUGAUAUUUUGUCCCUUCUAAAAACUUACAACUGCUACCAUGAGGGAAAAAACUUUCAGCUUCGCAUUCGUGAGGAAGAGGGCGAGCUGAUCGUGGAGGGUUUACUCAACAUCUCCUGGGGCUUGAAAAGGCCAAUCAGACUCCAAAUGCACGACGACAACGAGCGUUUUCGCUAUGCCUGCAUUGGUGUGUGGAGGGCGGAGAGCUCAGAGUCCAGCAGGAAUGAAAAUGGUGAACAGAGUUUUUCACACCAGUUUUGUUUAGAGCCCAACAACAACAAAAUCAGUGCCACACCUAUACCCAGUGUGGAUGGUGCUGAGGAGGACAUUCCUCAACUGCUGAGAACGAGAAGUGAUGCCAGCUUUGUGAAUAUCCAAAGAAGAUCUAAAAUCCACAACUCUGCCGAUUCACAGAGAAUAAAAAGACACCGCUUCUCCAUCAAUGGUCAUUUCUACAACCACAAAACAUCAGUUUUUACUCCAUCGUAUGGUUCAGUGACUAAUGUGCGAGUGAACAGCACUUUAACAACACAUCAAGUUCUUAACCUGCUUCUUAAUAAGUUUCGGGUUGAGAAUAAGGCAGAUGAGUUUGCCCUCUACCUAGUCCAUGCGUCAGGGGAGAGAACAAAACUUAAGGACACAGAAUACCCUUUGGUAUCUCGUCUGCUGCAUGGUCCAUGUGAAAAAAUUGCCAGAAUAUUUAUUAUGGAAAAGGACCUUGGUGAAGAGAUUACAUAUGAUGUUGCACAGUAUAUUAAGUUUGAAAUGCCAGUUUUGGACAGUUUCAUCAAGAAAUUGAAAGAGGAGGAAGAGAGAGAGAUUUUAAAACUGACAAGAAAAUACAGUGCACUGAAGUCAAUGAUAUUACAGAAAUUGGAUGGCAUCUCUGACAGUGCAAAUUAUGCGUGAGAAAAUGUGCUGAUGGUUUAGAGCAGAGGCAUCUUCUCUGUUGUACAUUCAACAGCAGUGAGCCACAGAUAGUUUUAGGUUUUUCAUUUAAGACGUCAGCGCAAUAACUAGUAUAAGAAAAGUAUAAUCUACUGGUAUUUAGUAAUUAGCAACUGUAAGUACUUUUACCCACAAUUCUCAGGUGUUACUUACAAAUGACCUAGAAUGAUAUUUUUGAUGCAUUUAUGCUCCAUGACAUUAAAAGAAAUUUUUUGUCAUUGUAUGUUACAUAAUAUAUAUACACACCUGACUAGUUUGUACAGUAACAAUGUUACCUUUUAUACAUUUUAAAAUAAAACUAAUAUAUGAUGAAUUGUUCUGUUGUAAAAUAUCAAUGAAAUGCAAUUACCCUGCCUCCUUGUUUAUUUUAGAUGCCUUUUUGCUACCCUUAUGUAGCCAAUGUAUUGAAUAUAAUGCAUUGCUUACAAUGUUGUUAUUUAUUUUUGUUUGUUUCGAAGAAAUGCCUCAUACUGUAUGGACAGAGAUGUACAGUAAUUGUCAAUUAUGUAUGUGCGUGCCUACCCGUGAGAAGGAGGAGCGAAACUGGACUGUGCGUUUAUGUGUGUGUGUGUGUGUGUUCAAGGACACAAAGAACUGUGGUUCUCUUGUGGUUAAAAGGGCAUCAGCCAUCUUGGUUAAGUUUACUGGAGUUCAAUGACAGGAAGAGGCGUACAGCUUGCACCUGCGAGGCCUUGAGUAGGAUCUUGGGAAAGUUACAACUUGCUUCAAAUCAAGAAGAUUAGAACCUAACUUUGGCGGUAAACAACAGGAGUAUAAAAGACUGAUGAGUUGAUUGCCUCUUCGGAUACUGAUAUGUCAGAACCCCCAACACCUAGAAGCCCAGAGCUGAUGACAAGAAACCUGAAGACCAGAGAUGAAUACAACUUUGAUUCAAAGUGUGAUUAUUGUAUUUUAUACUUUAAUAAUGAAUAAUUUGCCUUUACAUUUUUGUUUAUUAUACAAAGAAAUUGAAUUGAAUACAAAAACUGCCUACCGAAACUGAUUUAUAGUCUUUUAAGAAGUCUUCUUACUUUACCUAACCUGAGAAUAAAUAAGAAUAAAGGUGUUAAGAUCAAAGUA